UUGUAAUAUAAAAAGUGUCAAAAUACGAACGUUUUACUAAAGCUUUGUUUGUCUGCAAUAAUUCAGCUUUCUCACUCAAUAUGCCAAAACCUGUAGUAGGAUACUGGGAUAUCCGCGGUCUUGCGGAGCCCAUAAGAUACCUUCUUCACUACAAAAAUGUUGAUUUCGAAGAUAAAAAAUAUAAAGUGGCUGAUCGUCAGUCUUGGGAAAAAGUGAAGUUCACUUUAAACUUGGAUUUUCCUAACUUACCCUACUACAUUGAUGACGAUGUAAAGCUGACUCAAAGCGUUACCAUCUUGAGAUACCUGGCAGAAAAAUAUGGACUUGAUGGCAAGACUAAAGUAGAGAAACUCCGUGUGUCUUUAGCCGAGCAACAGGUUAUUGAUUUCCGUACCAGUAUCGCCCGACUCUCUUACGAUCCAAAUUUCGAAAAACUUAAGCCAGAAUUUGUGAAAAGAGUUCCAGUACAGCUGAAAUUAGUUGCUGAUUUUCUUGGUAGUAGGAAGUUCUUAGCAGGCGACUCACUUACCUAUGCUGAUUUCAUGGCUUAUGACGCCUUCGACUUCUAUUUGUACCUCGUUCCUAACGGUCUUACUGACUACCCAACUUUGAAAGAGUAUCAUCAGAGGAUUCGAAACUUACCAGAACUUCAAGCAUAUAUGAAAUCACCACAGUAUCAACGAUGGCCCAUUUUCUUACCAGAAGCACAGUUUGGAGGUAAAGGUCCAGAACCAAAACAAGAGUGACUUUAAAUUUUUUAAUCAUAAUAUAUUACACUUAUUUUUUAAAAAAUGAAUUAAAUAGGCCAAAUUUGCUUGCAUGUCUUUUCUUCUUUUAGUUGUCGAUUUUUUGCAAAUUUCUUUGUAAGCAUUAAAAUUAAAACAGUAAAAUUUGUAACCAUUGUCAGAUUAAAGCAGCUUGUCUACCUUACUUUUGUAACAUUCCUUUAUUUGAGGUAAAUAAUCAGUCUAACAUAUUUUUGUAUUUAACAACGAAACUUCCAUGCAUGUUAAAUAAUUCUGUUGAAACUUCUGAACUG